AAAAAGAAAAUUAAAUUAAAAAAAAAAAAAGAAAAAAAGAAAGGGGAAGAACAGAAAUUACUCAAAAUCCCCUGUUUGCAAAUCUGUGCUCAAAUCAAACAGUUAACAGAGCAUUUUUUUUUUUUUUGAACAGCAGUAGUAGGUUCCUCUUUCUAUCUCUAGCUGCUUUCCGGGUUACUCUUCCCCUUCUCUGUAGGCUUCAGGAUAAUAAAAAACCUUACUUUUUUCAAUUUUCAAUGGCGACUCAAGAGGUUAAUAAACCUCCAUCACUCCCUCCUUACCCUGAGAUCUCUUUACUUCAAAGAGAUAACAAACCAUACAAGUUUAUUAUAAAGAUGAUAUUUAGGGCUAUUGAAGCGUUGAAUAGUGACAAUGGCUCAAACAAGUCCACGAUAUCAAAAUACAUUGAAUCGACAUAUGGGAACUUGCCAACUGGGCACUCAUCUUUGCUCACACACCAUUUGAACAUGAUGAAAGCGAGUGGGGACCUUGUGUUUUGGAAGAACAACUACAUGAAGAGGGAUCCUACGGCACCACCCCGACGAGGCCGAGGCAGGCCUCCCAAAUCGAAGAGCCCUCUUCCACUCAGUUCUGUGAUAUCCUCACCAAAGCCAAGAGGGCGACCGCCUAAGGACCCCAAUGCACCUCCAAAACCACCAAAGCCAGUGCAGAUGAAGGUAUCUUCUGGGACUGGAAAACCAAGAGGAAGACCAAGGAAAUUCCCCCAGUCAGCAUCCACGCCAGCUCCUCCGGCACCAAGUGGGAGGCCCAGAGGUCGACCUCCUAAGGUGAAGGCUACAUUGACUGAAGUUAGUGUUCAACAAUAGAUUGUUGCAGUGCAGUUCAUUGGUAGUGCCUUGACUCUCUCUCUCUCACUCUCUCACUCUCUUAUUUGUCUCUGUUGCUGUGUGGGCAGUUUGUAGUUGUAGUGCUUAGUUUUAGUUUGAUGUGGAUGUGGGUGUAAUUCAUGUAAAAUGUGGUGUAGUGGUUUGUGAGGCUCUGUUGCUUUCUAAUUUACAAAGUGAACAUUGACCUGUGCUAAUCAUAAUUUCUUCGGUGUUUCAAUCCUUCAAACAUUUUUCAUUGCUUCAAAGAUGACA